AUGUUGGCUGCUGGAAUUAAUAAGGCACUUACUCUUGAUACAAAACGCAAGCGUACAGCAAUAUCAGGUUUUACAAAACGUGAGAUUUGCCAAAAGCUUUUCGUACCUAGCCCUCCUAAGCAAAAAGAUUUGGCACUUAUAUAUAAUAUAUCUGAGCAAGCGGAUGAUAGUUAUAAUGCACAAUUAAAAAAAGAACGUUUACCAGGAUUUCCUAUAACUGAAAAGGUUUUGGAGAGGUGGUUACAAUAUGCAUUUGCAAGACAAAUAAUAUUAACAGAUGAAAUUCUUAUAGAAAAGGCAAAAAUUUUUGCAUCUAAUAUUGGAGAAGAACAUUUUCGUGGUUCAAAUGGUUGGCUAGCACGAUUCAAGUUGCGUCAUGGAAUAAGAAUGUAUAUAAAGAUUGGAGAAAGUGGUAAUGCCCCAUCAGAAAAUAAGCUUAAUGUAGAACAAGAAAGAUUACGUGCUAUUAUUGCACAAUAUCCAUUGGAUAAUGUCUGGAAUGCUGAUGAAACGUGUAUUUUUUGGAGACAAGAACCAAAAAAAACUCUUGCUACUAGUCCUCAACAAG